AGAGAGAGAGAGAGAGAGAGAGAGAGAGUGAUUCUGGUUGCAGUUGCAGAAAUGUUAGACAAAGAAAAGGUUAUAUAUAAUCUGGGCAUUUGAGAUCAGAUCGGUCAAGCUUGUUGUGCUUCCAUUACUACACAUAUACAGUCACAGAGCUUUCUUUCUGAUAUCACAAUCAAGUCAAUCAACCCAACCCAACCCAACCCAUGAGAUGAGCUCUAAUCCAUCACCAUCACCAUCACUAUCAAGACAAGAAUCUUCCUUCCAUAUCUCCUGGACUUAGUUGCAGUGAAAGUGAAGAAGCUUUGAUCUGCUUUCUUCUCCAGUCCAGGUCAGAUAAUCCAAAUGGACGAGAUUAACCCACCUCGGUCGUCACGUAAACGCGGGACGUCAUCCGAUCAUCAGGGCGACACAUCCUCAGCGGCAAGACCCACAACCCCAAGGGAGAGCCGGUACGCCGUGGAUGACGCGGGGGACCGGAUAGAGUGCUCUGGCAAGUAUUGCAAGUCAUGCAGCGGCGCUUUGAUAGCCGACUGCGUGGCACUCUGCUGCUGCCCAUGCGCUUUGCUGAAUCUUCUCACUCUUGCCUUCGUUAAAGUGCCCUGGAUGGUGGGCAGGAAGUGUUUGGGACUGGGGAAAUCCAAAGGGCAAAAGCGUAAAAGCAAGAGAAAAUGCAGCAGUAUUGAUGAUGAUGAUGAUCAUCAUCAUCGGUGUGAGGUGGAGAGAAAAGAAGAGGAAAGAAUGCCAGAAAUUUCAUCAGACCAAAUGGAGUGUGUGAGUGCCAGGCUGGAGGCAGAGAGGGUUUGGUUAGAAUUGUACCAGAUUGGUCAUCUGGGUUUUGGUAGGGUGUCUUUCAGUGGUAUGCAAUCUCUGGGUAAGGCCAAUUAGGGAAGAUAAUUUAUUGUAUACCUUUGUUGGUUUUAUUUUGUACACUUGGGAGAUAUAUAGGGUUUUUUCUGCACUAAUUUCCUUCAUAUAUUCAUAAUAUUAAUGUAACAUUUAUGGAGUAGAGAUAAUUUUAUAUUUGGAAAUUCCAAAAUAUUUGAAUUUUAAAAAGAAAGCUCUGUUCCAAAUUUCCAAUUUGUAUUUUCAUUUUCUUGCUGUUAAAGUAUCGUUAUCAUUUGUCUUUAAAUGGUGGGAUUAUAUUGCAGAGACUCAUAGAGGAAAUAUGGUUGCCUGCUGCCAAGAGAAAACUCGCACUUGCCUAUCUUUUUGAAGGAAAAAGAUAAUAGGCCUAUAGGAACUUGGCAAGUAAAUCUUCUUUGUUAUUGUUUUUUUUUUUUUUUUUUUUUUUUUUUUUUGUUGUUGGUUGUUUUCGACUUUUUGGAAAGAGUUUGAGUCUUAAUACGUGAGGAAUUAUGAAUCCGAUCAAUUUGAAGUUGGGUUUGGAUUAAGUUUUGGGUUUUACUAUAUAAGGACAAAUAGGAAGGCACCAAGAUAAAAUGGUCCCGUUCUUAAACAUUUGGACAAAUCAAUUCAGUUACUGUCCGACAUUGAGAUGAAUUAACCCUUAUGUUACUGUCAGACAAUGACAUUGAACAACUCUCGAGUUACUGUUCGACAAUGGCAUAAGAGUUAUUUCAUAUUAUUGUCGAAUAGUGACUAGACCAAUUUGUCUAAUUUUGGAGGGGUUGAAUCAUUUAAACAUUUUAUCUUAUGUGAAGGAAUUUUUUUGUUUUUUUCGUUUUUUUAUAUAAUCAUUUUCUGUUAAGUUUUUGGAUUCUCAAGAAUCUCAACGUCGGCUUAUUUCACCUCUAAUCAUUUUAUUUUCAUUCCACGAAUUACCCUCUGAUUAUUGCGGACAAUGAACAAGCCCAUGUCCGAUUAAAAUAAAUAAAUCCAAGUUGAUCAUUGUAAAAAAGAGAGCCCAAUUUGGAGUUGAACCAAGCCCAAAUGCCCAAUGCAAGGCAAAUAUUUUGAAUUAAGUUUUUUAUUUUAUUUUAUACAAA